AUGGACACCAAAGAAGAGCGACCUGUGCCAAUGGCACCAGCUCAGGGCAUCGACAGCGAGGAUACCAUGACUCCAGCGACACCACGGGAUAAGAUCAAGGCGAUCUAUGCGCAUCCCUGGUCCCAAAUUAUCCUCAUAUCACUGAUAUGUUUCUGCUGCCCGGGUAUGUACAAUGCCCUAGGCGGACUCGGAGGAAGUGGACAAGUUGAUCCGACAGUCGCUGCCAAUGCGACUGUUGCUUUGUUGUCGACCACGGCUGCCACUGCCCUCAUCGUGGGAGGGCCAGUAUUCAGCUGGACUGGUCCACGCCUGUGCUUCCUGCUAGGUGGAUGGACCUAUGCGCUUUACAGCGGUAGCUUGCUGAACUUCAAUCACCACGAGAACGGCGCUUUUGUCAUCGGAGCCGGUGCAAUUCUUGGUCUUGGGGCGUCGAUGCUAUGGGUCGUUCAGGGGUCUAUCAUGACCACAUAUGUUCCUGAGGCUCAAAAAGGAAGGGCUAUCGCAGUUUUCUGGAUCAUCUUCAAUCUCGGAGGAGGCAUCGGCUCGCUAGCAAGCUUUGGUCUCAACUUCCACUCCAAGUCGGCGACUGUCUCGGACUCAACGUAUAUCGCGCUCAUGGCCGUCAUGCUUGUUGGCUGGGUUCUCGGUAUCUUUAUCUGCUCGCCCUCGCGUAUUCGGCUGGCACAGCUACACGCUGCCGUCGAGACCGAGAAGCACACGCUUAAUGGCUCAAUCCAGAUGGUCAUGAAGGUGCUGUUCAAGUGGCGUGUACUUUGUAUGAUCCCACUUUUCUUCAGUGCGAAUGUGUUCUAUUCUUAUCAGCAGAACGUUGUGAACGGAUUUACCUUUAACAUCCGGACACGAUCGCUGAACGGCGCCCUGUACUGGAUUGCGCAGAUGCUGGGCGGCUUGCUCAUCGGAGUGCUCCUGGACUUGCCUUUUCUCAGCCGGCCAAAUCGUGCCAAACUAGGAUGGGUGGUCCUCUUCGUCUGCGGUAUGAGUAUUUGGGGUGGUGGGUAUGCUUUCCAGCGCUGGCAAGAUCGAAGGAUCGCAAGACCAAUGUUUCUAUACAUCUUCUAUGGUGCAUACGAUGCGCUCUGGCAGGGCUUCUGUUAUUGGUUGAUCGGCACGGAGAGCAACAGUACUGCCAGGGCAGCUGUGUUGGUUGGCGCCUACAAAACAUUCCAAGCCGUUGGGGGCGCGAUGGCCUGGCGAAUCAAUGCUGAACAUAAGAGUGCCAUGACACAACUGGGCAUGAAUUGGGGCUUGUCGAUCGGCGCUUGGUGA